UCUGGGCCGCAGUGGUGCAGCCCGGAGGUUAGCGGAAGCGGCCGCUCGGCGCUGCCAUGUUGAGCCGCCGCCGCCGCCGCCGCUUUGUUGUCGGCUCCAUGUAGCUGGGGCCCGGGGGAAGGAGGGAGGGGGGCGCCGCGCCGCCGGAGCCGCCGCCGGAGCCGCCGCCGCCCGCCGAGGCCGGGACGCCCCCGCCAUGGAGGCCAACUGGACCGCGUUCCUCUUUCAGGCACACGAAGCCUCCCAUCACCAACAGCAGGCAGCGCAGAACAGCUUGUUGCCUCUGCUGAGCUCUGCAGUGGAGCCACCCGAUCAGAAGCCGAUUCUGCCCUUACCGAUAACGCAGAAACCUCAGCCCGCACCGGAAACAUUAAAGGAUGCUAUUGUAGGGAUUAAAAAGGAAAAACCUAAAACCUCCUUUGUGUGCACUUACUGCAGUAAGGCUUUCAGGGACAGCUACCAUUUGAGGCGCCACGAGUCCUGCCACACGGGGAUAAAAUUGGUGUCACGGCCAAAGAAAACUCCCACCACAAUGGUGCCCCUUAUCUCCACCAUCGCCGGUGACAACAGCCGGAGCUCCUUGGUGUCCACCAUCGCGGGCAUCCUGUCCACAGUCACUACGUCUUCCUCCGCCACCAACCCCAGCAGCAGCGCCGGUGCCACGGCCAUGGCAGUGACGCAGACGGUGAAGAAGCCCAGCAAACCCGUCAAGAAGAACCACGCCUGCGAGAUGUGCGGGAAGGCCUUCAGGGACGUGUACCACCUCAACAGGCACAAGCUGUCCCACUCGGAUGAAAAACCCUUCGAAUGUCCGAUUUGCAAUCAGCGCUUCAAGAGAAAGGAUCGCAUGACCUACCACGUGAGGUCUCACGAGGGUGGCAUCACGAAACCGUACACCUGUGGUGUUUGUGGAAAAGGCUUCUCGAGGCCUGAUCAUUUAAGCUGUCACGUUAAACAUGUUCAUUCAACAGAGAGACCCUUCAAAUGCCAAACGUGCACUGCUGCCUUUGCCACCAAAGACAGACUGCGGACACACAUGGUGCGCCAUGAAGGAAAGGUAUCGUGUAAUAUCUGUGGUAAACUUCUGAGUGCAGCAUAUAUCACCAGCCACUUAAAGACACACGGGCAGAGCCAAAGUAUCAACUGUAAUACCUGUAAACAAGGCAUCAAUAAAACAUGCAUGAGUGAAGAGACCAGCAAUCAGAAGCAGCAGCAGCAGCAACAGCAGCAGCAGCAGCAACAACAACAGCAACAGCAGCAACAGCAGCAGCAGCAACAGCAACAACAGCAGCAGCAACAGCAGCAGCAGCAGCAUGUCACAAGUUGGCCUGGAAAGCAGGUAGAGACCUUGAGAUUGUGGGAAGAGGCCGUCAAAGCGAGGAAGAAAGAAUGUCAGUUCACCUUUGAGAAGGCUAUAGAGUACGUACCAUUCGAAGCUGCUAACUUGUGCCAAACCUCCACUGCUGCUACUACGCCUGUGACUCUUACUACUCCAUUCAAUAUAACGUCCUCUGUGGCUUCUGGGACUAUCACAAACCCAGUCACAGUGGCAGCUGCAAUGAGCAUGAGAAGUCCAGUAAAUGUAUCAAGUGCAGUUAAUAUAUCCAGUCCGAUGAACCUAGGGCAUCCUGUAACUAUAACAAGUCCAUUAUCCAUGACAUCUCCAUUAACGCUCACCACACCGGUCAAUCUUCCCACCCCAGUAACCGCUCCAGUGAAUAUAGCACACCCAGUCACUAUCACGUCUCCCAUGAACCUCCCCACACCAAUGACGUUAGCUGGUCCCUUAAAUAUAGCAAUGAGACCAGUAGAGAGCAUGCCUUUCCUGCCCCAGGCCUUGCCCACGUCUCCUCCCUGGUAAAGAAUUUCUUAACAGUAUUAAAAGGAUUAAAAUGGAAUCCUUACCAGCAGUUCUUUUUUUGGGGUUUGUUUGCUUGUUUUGUUUUGGUUUUGUUUGUUUUUUGUUUUUCUUUUUCCCCUCCCCCCCUUCCCCCCCUUUAUUUUAAGUUAAUCAUACAUCCAGUCUAAGGCACCGUGGGCACGCACUGUCAGAGAGCGUAGUAGCAUCUUCCCCUGUUGAUUUGGCUCGUGUGGUUCAAUCUUGAGUUUCACUGGAGCACUUCAUUUAACGUGAGUUUUACCUUUUAGCCGACUUAUGACGAAUUAGAGCAGAUACGUAUUUGCCAGAGGUUUUGUGUUGUUGGUUUUGGUUUUUUUUUUCCUUUAAGGAAGUCAUUAAAAACCAGUUUUAUGUUUUAUCCCCCCAGAUAACUUAGCAAAUUAUUUUAAUCUAAACACUAGCAAAGACCCCCUUUGUGUCUGUAAGAGGGCAGAUGGCUAAUUGUAACUUGCCAGUCCUUAGGUCCGUUUUCUUGGGCUAGUGUAGAAUCUUUGUCUGUGUUGAUGGUUUUUUUUUUUUUGUUUUGUUUUGGUUUUUCUUUUUUUUCUUUAUUUUUUUUUCUUUUCUUUUUUUUUCUUUUUUUAAUGAGUAAAUGAAUUACAAUGUUGUCAUUUAAAAAAAAAUGCAUUUUGGAUGAAAUAUGCAUUUUACCUUUGGGAAUAUGAUAAUUUCAGGCAGCAUUCCCUAUGGGAAAGGUGAUACCAGCUCUGAUAUGCAAAGCAUAUGAUAACUUAUCAUUCUAACUUCGACAUAUAAUAGGGAUUGUGACCUGAUAUUUGGAGAUGUAAAUAUUACCCAACAUAUUACCCUAAGGGAACAUAGCAUUGUAGUCAACAUUUUUAAAAAUCAAACUGUUAUUGUUUGGCCAGAAACAGCCGUGGCUGACAGAAGAGGAGUCGAAAUGUAUGUAAACAUGGUCUCUGAGCAGUCAGACCCCUAUGGGACUCUUACCUAGGAGCAAAAGGAGUGCUUUGAAACUUAAGAAACAUUGCUUUAAGCUGGAAGAUUCUGGAGGCACUGGGUGUGAUUUUUAUGCCCUCUGCCUCGCAAUCAGAACCUGCUGGUGUGACAGCAGGGGACAGACGUGUUAGUUGUUCACUAGAAGUUUUGUCUUAUAUUAAAUUGUAUACAGUUUUUAUUCUAACCACUAACUAGGUAGGAUGCCCCUUCAGGACAAGCAGAGAGCGUCUUUUAAUUUCUCCCCUAUUUCUUAAUCAAGUGUUGUGCAAAUCUGUUCAACUUUGUAAAUAUUUGCAAACAUCAUCAUUUUUACGUUACUCUUCUAUUGUGUUAACACAUUUCUAUCAAUUUGUGGGAGUUCUGGGGCGACGGCCUGAACUGUCUGACCCAGAACUGCUCCACAAAUGGUCACACAUGUUGAAGCUACAUGUGCUUUUUAUUUCUUAACCUGUUUAUCUGUACAUAACGUAGAAAGCAAAAUCUAGGGAAACAGAUAUACUUUUUAGACUAUCAUGUCACAUAUUCACAUUUUUAAAACUUUGUUUAAAAAAAAAAACAGCAAAAAAAAACAACAAAAAAACAACCAACCCAAACCAACCACCCCACCCUAAAACCAAGACUCUACAUUAAAAAAAAAAACAAAACACAAAAAAAAAGAAAUAAUAAUAAUAAUGAGUUGAGAUGUUUUUAUUUUAAUGAAGCUGAAAGCUAUGGAGAUUAGCGUGUGCGCAUUUUCACAGAGUGCUAGCAGGACUGACUAGUCAAAUGGACCGCUUCCGUUCCUACCCUGCCGUGUCAGUACAAGCAGUGAUUGCCAGGCUGCUGGGUCAGGUGACAGGUAUCCGCAUCAUUACGUGAAACUGUUCUAGGGGCUUGGACUACAUAGUAAAACAAAAACAACAAAAAAAAAAGAGCUUAGUGUAAAAUAAUUUUAUAAAUGAUCUUUUGUACUUUAGGACAUCAAAUUGUACAACUUUUGUAUAUAUAAAAGCUUAGGAACUUUCUGUUUAGCAGAAAGGAAACACAUUCCUACACUUUUAAUGUAUAUGUUUGUUAUAAUGUCCAUGUAAACAUAUGCCCUAUGUUUGUGCCUUUUAAUUAGUUUGUCUCAAUAAACAAAAAUGUAGAGAAGAAUAUGUAGCUAUGACUUUGUUACCACUGUUCUUACUCCAGAUGUAUAGACGUCUUCGUUUUUGCACUGUGUAGAGCGUUGCGUGCAGACAGCUGCAUGACUUAGGCUGAUACGGCCAACAUGAGGCAUGUGAGUUGAAUGCACCCCAGCAAAAAUCCUUCCUCCCUUAGCGUAGAGCAGCCCGUGCUGACGGGCGUUGCAUGUUGGGUUGUGUAGUUUCCAAGCCAUCUCUGUUACCCAUCGCAGUGAUACCAACUUGCACCAGUUUUACGUAGUAGGUACGGCAUUCUGGAUCUGGGUAAACUGCAGAGAUGACCCUUAGAUGAAGUUUGGGUGUCCCUGAGCUUGAAAAAAAACAAAAGCAUUAAAAGCCAAUGUGAAAAUGUGUACGAGAAGUGGUUAUCUAUGAAUUACUUACAAUAAACAGGUGUGAGACUUAA